UCACUCACAGUCCUUCUUUGUGUACUGUUUUCGUGUUCUCAUAGCCUUUCUCUGCUUUUCCUCCAAUUGUUUACUAUUAUUUUUCCUACUUUCUGUUGACACCCUUUAAUUUUGGUUCUCUAUAACAGUUUAAAGCUGCAAAGAAAUGGGGUUAUACGGACGCGAGCGCAGGAUAAGAGCAUGCACACUCUUUCCAGUUUUGAGAGGAGAGAGAGAGAUAGAGAUUCCGAAAGGGAAAUGCCGGAAGCAGCAAGGCUUAAGGUGAGGUGUGAGUAGGAAGGGUGGAGGGAAGUGGUUGAUCCAAAGCUCGGUGUCUAUUCAACGUAAAGACAACCACACCCACUUCAUCAUAUGCUUCUUCGAUUCCCCUGCUUUUGAUGCUAUCAGAUCCCUUUCAUUUCCAGUUUUUGUUCAUUCGUCUUGGAUUCUCAUGCCCUUCUUCCCUUUUUGACUCAUGGUAUCACUCUCUUAGUCCUCCUCGACCUUUCUUGGACGAGGACCUGAAAUUGCCUCGUGAUCAAGAGAAGGACACGCCAUGAGCUCUGUGGAAGACAAGCUCAAGACACCAAUGGGUUUGGUUAACAACACCCCUCAGACUAACCUUCUCGACGAGAUGAAGUUGCUGAAACAAAUGCAAGAUCAAACAGGGGCCCGGAAGGCUAUUAACUCCGAGCUCUGGCACGCGUGUGCUGGUCCGCUUGUUUCCUUGCCCCAUGUGGGGAGUCUUGUUUAUUACUUUCCUCAGGGACAUAGUGAACAGGUGGCGGUUUCUACCAAGAGAACAGCAACCUCACAGAUUCCAAAUUAUCCUAAUCUUCCCUCUCAGUUGAUGUGCCAAGUUCAAAGUGUUACCUUACAUGCUGAUAAAGAUUCAGAUGAAAUCUACGCUCAAAUGAGCCUUCAACCGGUGAACUCUGAAAAAGAUGUCUUCCUUGUUCCGGACUUUGGACUACGGCCGAGUAAACACCCAAAUGAAUUCUUCUGCAAAACAUUGACUGCCAGUGAUACCAGCACACAUGGUGGGUUCUCAGUGCCACGCAGGGCUGCUGAAAAGCUUUUUCCGCCAUUGGAUUACACAAUGCAACCACCAACUCAGGAGCUCGUUGUUCGAGACUUGCAUGACAAUACCUGGACUUUUCGCCACAUCUAUCGCGGGCAGCCGAAGCGACACCUUCUCACAACUGGGUGGAGUCUAUUUGUUGGAGCAAAGAGGCUUAGAGCAGGCGAUUCUGUUCUUUUCAUAAGGGAUGAAAAGUCCCAGUUGCUGAUUGGAGUGAGGCGUGCUAACCGGCAACAAACAACAUUGCCAUCAUCGGUGCUAUCCGCCGACAGUAUGCAUAUAGGAGUUCUUGCUGCUGCAGCUCAUGCCGCUGCUAAUCGCAGUCCAUUCACAAUCUUUUACAAUCCCAGGGCAUGUCCUUCAGAGUUUGUUAUUCCCUUAGCCAAAUAUCGGAAAUGUGUAUUCGGAACUCAGCUUUCUGCGGGUAUGAGGUUCGGGAUGAUGUUUGAAACAGAGGAGUCGGGAAAACGCCGAUAUAUGGGUACAAUUGUUGGGAUUAGCGAUUUAGAUCCACUUAGGUGGCCAGGUUCCAAGUGGCGAAAUCUUCAAGUGGAAUGGGAUGAGCCAGGGUGCUGCGACAAGCAAAACAGGGUUAGUUCAUGGGAAAUAGAAACUCCAGAAAGUCUCUUCAUUUUUCCUUCUCUGACUUCGGGUCUUAAACGUCCAUUACACGGCGGAUUUUUGGGAGAAACUGAUUGGGAAAGUCUGGUGAAGAGACCAAUGCUUCGUGUUCCUGAAAAUAUACGAGGGGAUCUUUCAUAUGCUGCGCCAAAUCUAUGCUCUGAACCACUGAUGAAGAUGCUACUGAGGCCUCAACUCGUUAGCCUUCACGGAGCCACCUUACACCAGGAUUCAGCUAACAAUUUAGUGAAGAUACAGGACAUGAAGGACAUGCAGCCAGAAACCAAUUCUAAAAUGAAGCAGCCUAUUCCGACAGAAACUGCAUCUCCCGGGAAUCAAAAUCCUGAUCCCAUAAACCCAAAUUCAUCACCAAAAGAAAGUUUACCAGGAAAAGUGCACACUUCAGCGGCUACUGAAAGUGAACCUCCAACUGGAGCUGAUGAUGUUUCAACCAAUCAGUCCAAUACAUUGCCCCCGGUCGGAGAUUGUGUGGGGGGAAAACUCAGUGCUAAAGAAGUGAAUAUGCAGACCCUUGUGAACCAGCUUUCAUUUAUGAACCAGAAUCAGAUCCCCAUGCAGUCAUGGCCGUUGCAGCCUCAGCUUGAAUCACUAAUCCAACACCCACAACCAAUUGACAUGCCUCAGCCUGAAUUUACGCUGGAUGGUGAUGGAUGUUUGAUUAACCCAUCCUGUCUGCCUCUUCCUGGAGUAAUGAGAUCACCCGGGAACCUUUCCAUGUUGGCAUUGCAAGAAUCCUCAACAGUCUUCCCUGAGGCUCUUAAUUUUCCCUUACCCUCAACUGGGCAAGACAUGUGGGAUCCUCUUAAUAAUAUAAGAUUCUCUUCUAACCUGAAUUGUAUGGGUAAUGCAAAUGUUAUGAGAGCCGUUUCAGACGAGAGCAACAACCAAAGUGGGAUAUAUAGCUGUUCUAACCUUGAAAUCAGUAAUGGUGGAAAUACUUUGGUUGAUCCUGCUGUUUCGAGUACUAUUCUUGAUGAUUAUUGCGCAUUGAAAGAUGCUGACUUCCCACAUCCUUCAGAUUGCUUGGUUGGAAACUUCAGCUCAAGCCAAGAUGUUCAGUCUCAGAUUACCUCUGCUGCUAGUCUUGGAGAUUCUCAGGCUUUCUCCAGGCAAGACUUCCAUGAUAAUUCAGGUGGUACUUCCUCUUGCAAUGUGGAUUUUGAUGAGGGCAGUCUUCUGCAUAACGGCUCCUGGAAUCAAGUCGUACCGCCCAUGAGAACUUACACCAAGGUCCAGAAGGCAGGAUCUGUUGGGAGGUCUAUUGAUGUCACUAGUUUUAAGAACUACGACGAACUGUGCUCCGCUAUCGAAUGCAUGUUUGGACUUGAAGGGCUGCUUAAUGACCCGAGAGGCUCAGGAUGGAAACUGGUUUAUGUCGAUUAUGAGAAUGACGUCUUGCUUAUUGGCGAUGAUCCAUGGGAGGAAUUUGUGAGCUGUGUACGGUGCAUCAGAAUCUUGUCGCCCUCAGAAGUUAAGCAAAUGAGCGAAGAGGGAAUGAAGCUUCUCAACAGUGCUAUGAUGCAAGGCAUCAAUUGCUCCAUGCCAGAAGGUGGCCGAGGUUAAGACUCAGUUUUCCUUAACCAGUCAUGAAGGCCGAUUCUUCUUCUUCGGUAGGCGAGAAUCGAGUUUAGUAUAAUUACUGUCACAAGCUCGAAGAAGGCCGAGUGUUAGCAUGAAGCUUUCGUCUUGAUUGCUGGGAGCUGUAGUUGAAGUAGAUUCAGUUCCUGCAAAAUUGUACUCUUUCUGAAUUCAGUAGAACAAAAGAAAAAACUUCAACAAGUUAGCCAUGCUGCGCCUUCUGAAGGUAUACCCACGAACCAUCAAUCUGGGUAUGCGAGGUUCAUGAUGGAGCCUUAUCUUUGUUGCCUGUCUUUCAUUUGCAUAUUUCCGUUGUCUAGAGAUUUUACAGUAAGAUAAUAUAUUCUAGAGUUUUUGCUCAUAUUUCU